AUGAUACCAACCACACAACAUUCGGUCCGGAAUCAGAGUCAAGACUGCUGCUUGUUAGCGGGAAGCAUGGAAGCCAAAGCCAUUAGAGAAGAGGCCCUUGUCGCCAGAUCGACAGGCCGUGAAGCGCUGAAUCAUGCCAUUACCACGGCCGACUUAUACAUGAAGGCAGCACACGAAGCUAGUUCACCAGCCGACCGCUCUCGUUUCAGGAAAAAGUGCGCUGGACUCAUUUCUCUCGCCGAAAAGCUCAAGUCUUCCCCCAAGACUGCAAGCCCGUCUCUGACCCAGCCAACGGUUGCGACCAUCACCUCUGCUUCUAAUCCUAACUGCCAUGUGCGCCAUGUCCCAUCCAACGAGAGGGCUAUCCUUCUGCGCUCAUCGCGACUGCAUGGCAACAUUUUUCCGCCAUGGCAGGCUGAGCCUGAUGUUGACAAUUUCUCCCUAUCUCAGGGCCAGAAUGUUUUCUCGCAGGAAACUAUUCUCGAGGCAUGGCAGCGGCCCGUGGACCAGGCGAGAGACGAUAACGUAGACGAGGACUUUAUGGCCUCGGAAAAAGAGUGCGAUCUCGUACAGGAUGUCACGACCGACUGCUCGGUUGUAGCCAGUCUAUGCGCCGCCAUGAAGAUUUUACAAGGUGGCCAACAAUCAAUCCUAAGCUCCAUCAUGUACCCCUACAACCACCAAAAGGGGCGGCCGAUGAUCUCCAAGAGUGGCAAAUACAUAUUUCGCAUGCACUUUAAUGGCUGCUUCAGACAAGUCGUUGUGGAUGAUCGGCUGCCUGUCUCGCGGAACAAUCGCACUUUGUUCGUUGUCGACCGCAAGAACCCCAAUCUCUUGUGGCCAGCUUUGCUGGAAAAGGCUUACUUGAAGGUACGCGGAGGGUACGACUUCCCUGGAAGCAAUUCGGGGACCGAUUUAUGGGUAAUUACGGGGUGGAUUCCUGAACAGCUGUUCUUGCAGAGCGAAGAUGUAGACGUUGAGGGCGAAUGGGACUCCAUCAAAGAGGCAUACCAUGCCGGGAAUUUGAUCAUGACCCUAGGAACCGGUCGCUUGACGCAGUCGGAAGAAGACGCCCUGGGUCUUGUAGGCGAGCACGACUAUGCUGUGUUGGAGAUUGACAGCUCGCCCGGCGCCCGUCGCUUACUCGUCAAGAACCCGUGGUGUGAUGGUCUGGUCUGGAAAGGCGUCGGUUCAUCUGGAAUCGUUGAGCAAACGGCUGCUGUGUCGUUAUUAGACACAUUGGUCUCGAUCGAGCCAAGGCCCUCUGAGCUUACCAGGCCUGUCGGGUCCUUCUGGAUAUCAGUGGAAGACGUUGCACAGAACUUCGAGUCCAUGUAUCUCAACUGGAAUCCGGACCUGUUCACACAUAGGCAGGAUCACCACUUUACGUGGCGCGUGCCCACCAAAAACAUGACGUCCUCUGUUGCCCACAAUCCGCAAUACUCAGUCCUGUCACAUACGGAACAGACCGUGUGGAUUCUGCUCAGUCGACACUUUGCAGACGAGGAGCUGGAGAUCGCAAGGAAUAAAUCAGCUUCCUUGGCAGCGGCAUCGAGACAACUCGGCUUCACGAGCAUCUUCAUCUUUGAGAGCGAGGGCAAAAAGGUUCAGGUGAGGGAGGGCUUUGUCUAUCAAGGCCCAUAUGUUGACUCGCCACAAACGCUCGCCAAGUUUAAACUUCGCAGCGGAACGCCCUAUACCAUUGUCAUGGCCCAUCAAGACCUCCCGCUGGAUCAAUAUUCGUGUACGUUUACUCUCUUCUCAAAGGCACUACUCGAAGUCAAGCCAGCCGAGGAAGCCAUGAGCCACUACCAAGAGCUGUCGAGUGCUUGGUCCAGGAGAACUGCUGGAGGCAAUGCGUCGUCCAUCACCUACUCUCAAAAUCCGCAAUUCAGCAUCUCUGUUCCCCAAGCCACGCCUCUGUCCAUACUUCUCUCGUCAGGAGACCGAGAGGUAGCCAUUCAUGUCGACCUGGUAUGGGCACACGGAAGACGAGUGACGUCGAUCGGGGUAAAGGAUGUUGUGGCUAGUUCUGGCGACUACCGGAGAGGCAAUGCCCUUGUUCAGGUCCCUCUGUUGGAACCGGGCACAUACACCAUUGUGUGCUCGACGUGGGAGCCGGGGCAGCUCGCCGACUUUGGCAUGCGGGUAGGGUCUCAGGUGGAAUGCCAGAUCAAACCCGUUUUAAGCGACAGAGCCGGCCUUUUGCGAAAUCUGGCGCCAGCCUUCAUCUUUAACGAAGGAGAGGAGAGUAGGCGAGCGCUGGUCACGGUAUCACGGUUGUCCCGGGCCCAAGUUGUGGCGCGGUGCCCGCUGCAGACGGGGCGAAGCAACCAGCCCAUUUCUACCACGGCCGUUCGCGUUUCUCUCGUCUACGGUCGGGUGCCGCAGGAGUCGGUACUCGCCAUGUCAGGGGGCGGCGAGUUCCGGGAACUGACGAUGGCUAUCAGGACACCCGAGUUCGACCUUGAGCCCGACCGUCUUCGACAAGACAAAUUAUGGCUUAUUGUGGAGCGGCUUGGGAGUCAGCAGGGUCGCCAGAGCAUCGAGGUGGAGGUUUUGAGCGACAACUCAGUUCACGUUGGCGAAUGGCAGAUGGCCGAUUCCUAG